AUGUUUUCUGUUAGAGCUGCCCUCCGCCUACCAGGCCAAUUAAAGCCUGCGAGCUGCCUUAACCCCAUCCAUGCUAUUCCUGCCUGCCAUACUUCUUCCAAACUUCCGCUUGACUGUCGACGGUACAUCUCCGCAUACGGCUACACCCAGGCCAAGGCAUUGGUAUAUGGCAACUACGGCGAACCCAAAGAUGUCCUGAGUCUACACUCAUACUCCAUUUCCGCACCACACAACACCCAAGUCAACGUCCGCCUCCUCACCUCUCCCGUUAACCCUGCUGACGUCAACCAAAUUCAAGGCGUCUACCCAUCCAAGCCCGCUUUCAGCUCCGCCCUCGGUACCAGCACUCCCGUAGCGAUUGGGGGAAAUGAAGCCGCGUUCGAAGUAGUCUCGACAGGCUCCGGCGUCAAAUCCCUUUCCAAGGGUGACUGGGUAAUCAUGAAGAGGACGGGGAUGGGUACCUGGCGCACGCAUGCACAAUUCGACGAAUCAUCACUCCUAAAAAUCGACGACCGCACCAACCUGACACCACUGCAAGUCGGGACCGUUGGCGUUAACCCCGUUACCGCAUAUCGGAUGCUCAAGGAUUUCUGCGACUGGGACUGGGUGGGCAAGCCGGGAGAGGAAUGGAUGAUUCAGAACGGCGCCAAUUCAGGCGUGGGACGGGCAGCCAUCCAGCUCGCGCGGGAUUGGGGUAUUAAGACUCUCAACGUGAUUCGCGAGCGCGACACACCCUCGGCGACAAAGGCGUUAAAGGACGACCUUCUCUCCCUCGGCGCCACGGCUGUCCUGACCGAAUCCGAGCUCCUCUCCUCCAAGACCUUCCGCGAUAUCGUGCAUGACUUGACGCGACGGGGUACAGAGCCUAUCCGGCUCGCGCUGAACUGCGUUGGCGGGCCCAGCGCGACAUCCAUGUUGAAGGUGCUCGCGCCCAAUUCUCGCAUGGUCACGUACGGGGCCAUGGCCAAGCAGCCCCUGACGUUGCCAUCCGGACUUUUGAUUUUCAAGAAUUUGGUCCUGACUGGGUUUUGGGUGUCUAAAUGGGGUGAUAGCAAUCCGUCACUGAAGAGUGAAACGGUCAAUGAUAUCCUGAGACUGAUGAGGGAAGGUAAGUUUAAGGAUAUCCCUGUGCAGGAGGUGAAGUGGGGUUGGGGAACGCAGCUGGAUGUUUUGGCGAAUGAGGUCCAGGGUACGUUGACGGGGAAGAGGAGUGGGAAGAGUGUUUUUGUUUAUGAGGGGGAUUAA